UUUUAAUUGUGUUGAUGGUGUGCUAAGUGAUAGGGGAAGGGAGCGGUUAGAUGUCUUGUAAUUUAAUUUUAGCUGCUUUUGACAACAAUUAAUCGAGCCACAAAUGCCAAACCGCGCGAUUAACCUAAUGCCAACGAUUAAAUUUAGCAUACACUGCGUGAGAAUGGCCGGCGAGGCUUUGGAAAAUUUCAAGUCAAUUUCAAAACAGAAGCAUAGCUCAAAGUCUGCAAAUCCACAACAGAAACAGUGGAAUCAGACCAAGAACAUUGGCACCGAAAAGGACGUGCUGCGUCAUAUGUGUGAGCAUUGCGGUUAUAGAACUCGCAUACGCGGAAAUUUGAAAGUGCACAAACGUCGUCAUACUGGGGAGAAGCCCUUCCGCUGUAACCAAUGCGAUGCUUCCUUCGUGGCGCGAUACCAAUUGACCACACACAAUGAACGCCAUAUGGACGCACAUGAGCGGCGGAGUCGCUACAUGUGCAAGGAUUGCAAUGUAGGAUUUCUCAGUGCGCGAGCUCUUUAUCAUCACAAGCCGCUGCAUGCUGAAAAUAAGCAGUAUAAGUGUGCAUUGUGUGACAAGUCCUUUGCACAGGCAGCUGGUUAUGCGCAGCACAAACGUUGGCAUCGCCAGCGUUCUGAGCGAGCAACUGCCACAACCAACUUAAAAUUACCAGUUGCAAUCAAAACAAAUUAUUCAAAUUAGCGCGCUAACAUGUUUGCCAGCACUGGCGUUGUUUCGAUAAUAUUGUUAUUGUUAUCAAAAUUGUGCUAUCGAGACAUUGUUUUGGUAUUCGCCUGCCACUUAUAACUUGUUUAUAUUUAU